AUGUCUCCAAACUCUACCGCGGACCAAGCUGCCAGCACGAGCCCAACGCCACCAUUCGUAGAGCGUUGGGGCAAGAGAUUGUUCGAGAAUGGCAACGACCUCAAGGUGGUAGCCAACUUCAACAAGGAGGCUGGCCUCCAGAAGCUUGAGGACGAGGCCAACGCAAACGUCUCCGAUCCCGCUCUGAAGGUCUGCUACUCCAUGUACGCCAAGUUGUGCCGCGGCGUGGGCGCUGUCGAAGCUGUGCGCAACCACCUUGACUCCGGUGUUUUGGCCAAAAUGGCCGCAGCUCAGAUCAAGGCCUACUACAACCCAACCAAAAUGUCGGAGCACACGUGCCAGGGCUAUACCUGCGUCAUCUUUGCCGCUUGUGCGAUGAGUCUUGGGUGUAAGACCUACCUCAACUUGAAGGGCUACCACAUGUUCUUCAACACCUACAACAAGUUCUUUCUUGGGAUCUGUAGCACCGCUCCCAUCACCGACGAAGCAUGUUGUCAAAUCUUUCAUGCAGCCAUGAACAGUGAGGCCACACCAAGUUCCGCCGGCGAGUCUUUCACACCUGGUCUGCCGUAUGAUUUUGGAUCGAUGACUCGUAGGGAAGCCCGCGCUGAAAAGCUGUCGUCUGGACUCUCAGAGGCACAGGCUAGCCCUUGCUGGAUUGAGCCACACGGCAUGCUCGCGAUCGGAGAGAAGAAUUCGCUUCGUGGACCGACCAUUCCCAGCAUCAUCGGUCCAUGUGGCAAAGCUGAUAUGGGAUACACGGAGGAUGCCGAGUGCUGUGGCAAUGAACGCUGUGGCAAAGCCGGCGCCAAGUUGAGAUGUGGUCGCUGUCGGGACCAGCUCUACUGCAACAAGACUUGCCAGAGCAAGGACUGGGCCCGCCACAAGGUUGUGUGCCGCACGCCAGAGAUGCGCAAAGACAUCGACGACAAGCCGCAGAAGUGGACCAACAUCUUCGACAUGCUACCUGGUCGCAUGUGA